UAGGCCAAUCCGUCCUCUCUCUCUCUCUCUCUCCCUCUCUCUGUGUCUCUCUCCUACUCUGAGACAGAGUCAGAACUCUUCUCCCUGACAGCCACAAACAUCUACAGCACUUAUUGCAUUCAGAGAGGGAACCUGCAAACAAAACUUCACAGAAAACUUUUGGUUCUUGUUCCAGAGAAUUUGCUGAAGAGAAGGAAAAACAAACAAACAAACAAACAAACUAAACCAGCCCCCAAAAAAACUGUUCGUGAAGGGGGAGGAAAAGCAGGGCCUUUUAAAAAGGGAAUCACAACAACUUUUGCUGCCAGGAUGCCUUUGCUUUGGAAGAGAGGAUUUCUGUUGGUGCUUUGCUGGAUUAUAGUGAGGAGUUCCCCAACCCCAGGAUCCGAGGGGCACAGCUCAGUCACUGACUGUCCAUCAUGUGCCCUUGCCACGCUCUCAAAGGAUGUGCCCAGCUCACAGCCUGAGAUGGUGGAAGCAGUAAAGAAGCACAUACUGAACAUGUUGCACUUGAGGGACAGACCUAAUAUCACCCAGCCAGUGCCCAAGGCAGCACUUUUAAAUGCCAUCAAAAAACUCCACGUGGGAAAGGUGGGAGAGGAUGGUUAUGUGGAAAUAGAGGAUGACGUUGGAAGAAGAGCCGAAAUGAAUGAAGUUGUGGAGCAAACAUCAGAAAUCAUCACUUUUGCAGAAUCAGGCACAGCCAAGAGAAUGUUGCACUUUGAGAUUUCCAAGGAAGGCAGUGAAUUAUCGGUGGUAGAGCAUGCUGAAGUGUGGCUCUUCCUGAAGGUCUCCAAGGCCAACCGGAGCAGGACAAAAGUCACCAUCCGCCUGUUUCAACAGCAGCGGCAGCCAAAAGGCAAUUCUGAAGGAGCAGAAGAUACAGAGGAUGGGGGGCUGAAAGGUGAAAAGAGUGAGACUUUGAUUUCAGAAAAGGCAGUGGACACCCGUAAAAGCACUUGGCACAUCUUCCCUGUCUCCAGCAGUGUCCAGAGACUCCUGGACCAAGGCAAGAGCUCUUUGGAUGUGAGGAUUGCCUGUGACCUGUGUCAAGAGACUGGAGCCAACCUGGUGCUAUUGGGCAAGAAGAAGAAAAAGGAAGAUGAUGGGGAAGGGAAAGAAAAGGAAGCUGGAGAAUUCACAGGAGAAGAGGAGAAGGAACAAUCGCAUCGGCCCUUCUUGAUGAUGCUUGCCCGGCACUCAGAGGAUCGCCAGCACAGGCGGCGGAGACGAGGCCUGGAGUGUGACGGCAAGGUCAACAUAUGCUGCAAGAAGCAGUUCUUUGUCAGCUUCAAGGACAUAGGAUGGAGUGACUGGAUCAUUGCUCCUACAGGUUAUCAUGCCAACUACUGCGAAGGAGAGUGUCCCAGCCAUAUAGCAGGCACAUCUGGUUCAUCAUUAUCUUUCCACUCCACUGUCAUCAACCACUACCGCAUGCGGGGCCAUAGCCCCUUUGCCAACCUCAAAUCAUGUUGUGUGCCCACCAAGCUCCGGCCUAUGUCCAUGCUCUACUAUGAUGAUGGCCAGAACAUCAUUAAGAAAGACAUACAGAAUAUGAUUGUGGAGGAGUGUGGCUGCUCGUAGAUGCUAGUGUGCACAAAGACCCUUCUUGUUAAGUAGAAAAUGUACCAAAAGCCCAAGAAGAGGAAAGACCAUACAUGGUAUAAUCUUUUUUGAGUGAAACAAUCAUCAGAAAUACAAGCAAAAACAGAAGAGAGCAAAAAAAAGGGAGAGAGAAAAAGAAGGAAAAAAAGACUUAUGGAGGAUCAGAAAAUUCUUCACCUACAAAAAAGGAAGAAAACGUCAUGAAGCCGGGCUUGAAUAAGAUAAAUAUAAAUGUUGUUAUGGAUUGGGGAUUUCCCCUUCCUUUCAGUAAGCUCCUUAUCUUGUUACAUAGUAUACUAAACAUUAGUUACUACUAGGGGAAGGGAGUUCUGUUCCCUCCCUUAGUUACCCAUCAGGUCAAGCCAUGGUAGUAGCUCAUCUAACCUGCAGAAAUUUGGACAAAGUCCAAAAGGUCAAUGAAAAGCCAUGUGUAUGAUCACUGCAGUCACUAGCGCUUUCCCCCCACAUUUACAGAGCAACUGAGUAAGUGUGUAGUGUUUGUGUUUGUAUAUAUAUAUGGCUAUGUAUUUACAUACAUGUCUCUAUACAUACAGACACAAUACACAUACAUAUACUUAACAUUGAUCAAGGGUCAAUUGUGUGCAGGUGUGUACACCUUCAUCUUCUGCACUACAUUUACAAAAAAAAAAAAAAAGAAAAAAGGAAAAAAGAAAAAUGAAGAAAAAAAACCGAACAAAAAAUUAAUGAAAGAAUAAAAGUUACAUUCUGUAAAGGUGCUUACAAUGUUAGAACUAUGCAACCUAGAUGGUUUGAAACUGUUUACCUGCGAGAGAAAGAAAAAAAAAAAAAAACAAAACAGAGAGACUUUUUUUUUAAAUGGAAGCAACUUGUUAAAAAAAAAAAAAAAUCUUUGGUGAGAGAUACUUGAAAGGAACAUGUUUGUCCAGUUACUGGAGUCAAACAUUUCUAUAUUUUGUAAAAAAUAUUUUUAAUCGUUUACUAUUUGCACUACAAUGGUGUCUGACCUGUCUAAUCCUUAUUUAACAAAUAUUUGCAAGGGAGGGUGGUUGGGUGUGGGAGGGGUUGAGAGCUGCACUUAUUGUGAGCUAUACAAGAACUGCUACAGCACACAAAAUAGCUAUUUUUAUUAUUAUAAUAAUUAUUAUUAUUUUGUACCUUAAAAUGAAUAGACACAUACACCAAAGACAUUUGUGCAAGCCUCUAUAAAGUCUGUUUGCGGUUGGUACCAUUCAUCUGUAAUGAGUUAGGGUUUGAAUUAAGAGUCAGUGGGUUGAUUACAUUCAGGCUAGAAUAUCUGUUAACCAGUUAAACCAGUUAAAUUCAAAUAGUGCCCUCAACAAAAAAUCGCCAGUUGAAGUAAACCCAGAAAAUCCCUGGGAUUUGGAUCCAAAGUGUUUGGAUCUAAGGUCCAUCUGAGCAUAAUCAUACUGUUGUGUAUGUACAACACUAAACUUUGCCCUGAUGCACAGCAAAUGUGCAUUGUAGGGAAAAAACUUUGUCCAAGGGAUAUACAUAUAUAUGUAUAUAUUUCUGUAUGUAUAUAUGUAUGUAUACACAAGUUAUAAGCACUUCUGGCUUAAUUUUACUGUUUUGAAAACAAUGAAUGUUUGUGUGCAAAGCACAGUAUUUUAUAAGAUUUUUUGUUCCUUACUGCCAAGUGGGAGGCUACAUGUUCAAAAUAGUAUUUGUGCAAAAGAAACCUAAAGUGCUGGUAUUUGUGCAAGAGAAACCUAAAGUGCUGGUAUACACUUAAAAAGUGUUGAUGUAAAUUGCAAGCAGCCUUGGGCCCUGUCCACCAUGCUCCUACAAAUAUACAGAAAAUGGCAAUUGUGGUUGGAUUUCUGUUUGAAGUACAGUCUUUGCUGAAAUACUGGCUUUCUCAACCACCAUCCUCUAGCAUGACAACUCUUAAUGGGUUUGCGUGUUACCUGCAAGACCUAAUUUUCAGUGUCACACCUAACCUGAAGGGUCCAGCCCGUAGGGCAUAGGUAGAUAGUAAUUGUUUUUUAAAAAAUUUUCGCUGUCAUAUUUAAAAGAAUGUUAAACUUACAUUUGUCUUUGGGUAGGGGGAGAUGAUAAGAGGGAAUGGGAGAAACCUUUAGGCCCUGUUUACACUGAGUUUGAUAACCCUGACCCUGAAGCUUCAGACUCUCAUAGGUUUGUUGAAUCAAGCCCCAGUUAGCUGCCUUCUGUUGGGACAGGCUUCUAAAUGCCUCUCCUGGAAAGAAGUACUAACAAGGCUCUCUGUCUUGUUGAGAGCACAGUCUGUAAAAAAAAGAAAAAAAAAAGAAAAAGAAAAAAAAGAAAAAAGAAAAAAAGAUAGCACAAUACAACCCAGUCACACUAGCGAGGGAUAGUGUGUUAGCACCUUCAUGGCGAGAACCAUGUUUGAACAGUGUAAUCAGGGCCUUCAUUUUCUGUCAGCCAAAACUGUUUGUGUGUGCAUGUGUGUGUGUGUGUGUUCUCUGUGUGUGCAUAUGUAUGUGCUCAUGGGCGCAUGUCCGUAUUGGUAUGUAUCUAUAGAGAUAAAAAUGAAAAGGGGAAAAAAAAAGAAAAAAAAGAAAAAAAAAAUAGCCCUUUCCUCUGUUGAAUAGAUAUCAACCUACAUGCAUAUAGCUGUUUUCUAUCUAAUUUAUUCCACAAUAUUUAGAUUGCAUAGUACGGCUAAUGGGUUAUACAUUUAUGUACUUUUUAUACAACACAGUUUUUUUACAGACUUGUUUGCAAUUUGCAAAAAAAAGAAA